CGAGCACUAGUUAGAAAGCGGAGUUGGACGAAACAUUUCGAGAGCAAGUUUUUCUUCAUUUUUUUUUUAAUUCUUUGUUUGUUAGCAGGUUUAUAUGACGCGGAAGCAACGCGAAUAGUCUGUCUUUAAUGUAUAGAGAAUUUAUGAGCCCUGGACGGCUACACAAGCUGUUAAGUAGCUAGCUAGUGGUAAAUAUUAGCAUGUUAGCUAGCUGAGAGUUAGCCCAGGAGUUGCCAAGCUAUGGACCCGUGGAGUGCAGUCGCGGAUGAAGUGGCUUUGGAGGGACUGGAUGGGAUAACUAUUCCCACCCUGUGGAUUCGACUAGAGGAUAGACUGCCCAGGUUUCCCCUCAAGUUUGACGACUGCACGAAGGAGCUUAUCUGGAGGUCACUUAUCAGCAACACCGACCUGAAAUUUUAUGAGCUCCCAGAGGAGAGAGGGGAUGUUGUGUUGACAGACAGGUUUAAAGAGAAUGAUCCAGAGGCAGGCACUGAAACAGCACAGAAGUUUCCUGAAAAAAAGAAAGAUGUCUACCCCGUCCAUAUUAUUCUAGAAAACAAGGAUGGGAUACAGGGCUCGUGUGCCUUCUUCAUAGACAGGAUAGACAUCACUAAGCAUGUCCGAUCCAAGUCCCUCACCGCAUUGGUCAAAUUGGAGGAGGCUCUGGAAAGAUAUGGCCGAAAGCUUGUUGUGGUGGCAUCUCAGUCUCUGCGAUUCCGGACUGUGAUCGGUAGCGAGAGUGAUCCCGAUUUAAAACUGAACGACGACUCUUACUGUGUGUUGGAAAGAGUGGGCCGAGCCCGCUGGCAAGGAGAGCUACAGAGUGAUCUACAUGGAUCCUCUUUCAAGACCGAUGCUCGAAAGUUACACUACAUGAGGAAGUCUCUCGUCAAGCAUGGACUCAUCAGCAUGCAGUCUCAUGUCACACGAGUGAAGUCAGGACAACAGCAACACUCCAUACUUCUGCUGCUCAAACGCUUCCACAUAAACAGGAGGUCUAAGUAUGACAUACUGAUGGAGUACGUGUCCAAUGUCCUCCAGCAGUUACCUGGUCAGUUUGCCACUUUGAUCACAUUCAAAGAGCAACUUAACAUGAGUGACAGUACUUUCAAGCGUGUGUGUCAAUACAUGCGAACAUCCAAGUUGGUCGAGUUUUGCCAGUACCCUCUGGAGGACUUGGAUCCCAGCGCUGGGCCCUGCACCACCAAAAAAGGGAAUAAAGUGCUUGUGCGCUGUUUGAGGCUGCUGAAGCCUUAUUCAAGGAAGGGUGUCACUGAUGAUGACGAUGAUGAUGAGGAUGAGGAAGAUGACUCCGGAGCAAGAAGAGGAGCUUUCCCUCAAGAGCCGCGAAUCAUGGAGAAGGAUGUGCUGUCACAAGCCUAUCACAUCGUGUUAUCCUCUGGCACAAAGGGAAUCCCCAAGACUGGUAUCGGGUACAAGAUGAACGUUGGUAAACUGGAGUCUCGUAUGCUCUGCCGAAGACUGGAGAGGGAGGGUUUAAUUAAGGGGUUCAUGGAGGAUGAGGGUCGGCAGAGGACUACAAAAUACAUCAGCCAUAAGUCUGUGGGUGUGAGCGAUCAGCUCCAGCUGUUUGCUAAGGAGCAGGAACGCAAGAAACUCCUCUACUCGUCUGCACCACGAGCAUCACAUGCUGCACCUGCCACCCCUGAAACGCCAUCAUCCUCAAAGUCGACAGCGUCAAAAAAGAUUCGGAAAGCAGGUGGAGAAGGAGACAAAGGUGCCAUGGAGGGUGGGCAGACAUGUAGUGAUGAAGGGUUGGAUGGAGGCAGAGGUAAAGUAAGAGGAAAGUCAGGAGCAAGAGGAAAGACGACAGGGAGGAAAGGCAGUGAGACACAGACCGACCAAGUACAACCUACACCGGGUAAAUGUGAAACCUCGGCAUGCAGUGAAUCCAACACCAGUGUGGCACCUGACGUUCUCAACACAGAGCAAGCUGCAACUGAGGAAGGAGAACAAUCCAACUUGACUCCUGCCAGUUCUUUACCUCAGAGCGCGGCAUCGCCCAGUCACCCAGCAGACAACAACAUUGUGGUUGUUAAAGAUGUUUGUGAGGGGCAGAGCCCCAGUCCAAAAAAACCCAGAAAGUCUUUGGAGAGGUCUCAUGAGACGUACCGCCUGCUGAAGAGGAAGAACCUGAUCGUCGAGGCCGUGCGCAACUUCAAAAUCAUAGAGGGUCUUUUCCCCUUACAGAAGAUGAUCAAUGACGAAGAAAAGCAGGAUGGAGUCAGCUCAAAGUGCUGCAAGAAAACUAUUUUACGUCUCGUCCACGGUCUGUCCAGAGAAGGCUUGCUUAAGAUUUACACGACCACUGUCAUACAGGACGGGAUCACCAAGAAGGUUGAGAUGGUGGUUCAUCCGUCCAUUCAGCCCAAUGAUGACAUAGUGCACAGAGUUAUCGAGCAGGUCCGUUUCAAAAUCUCCAGCUCUUACUCGGCCGUACGUCUGCAGCACGCUGAAGAGAAAUUGAGAGAACAAGAAUCAGAGUCUGAAGAGGCGAGCACAGGCUCAAAUAGCAAGGCUGACAAGAGGAGAGCAAUCCUUAAAAACGAGGAGUUCAAGCCCACUACAGUUCGAGGAUUGGGUAAGACUUUUGGCUUCCAGCCUAAGAUGCAUCGUCUGCGUGUUGUUCACAACUUCUUGUGGUACUUGAUGUACGGACACCCACUCAGACACAACUCCACCAGCUCUGACUCAACCGGCGAAACGCCAGCAAACUUGUGCAGCUCUGAUCCUGAAGCCAAACACCAAGACAAGCAUGAAAAACAGGAUCUGAAAGACACACAAAACUCCACAAACACAGACCGACAGACACAGUUGCCUAAAAAAGCUGCCGCCAGCUCUGAGAAGCCACAAAUUGCAGAUUCAGCUGUGUCUAAAUUGGACGAGACAUCAGGUGAUGAAGAGGAGGAGCAGACGGAUGAAUCACCACCUGGUCGCUCUCAGUCUGACCUGAAAGUUUACACUGAUGAAGAGUCGUGGAAGAAGUUCAUUCCUCCUGUUCGUGCACACAAAGAGUUUAGUGGCGGCUGGGCGAUGGUGGGCGACCUGCUCCUCUGUCUGCCUCUCUCCAUCUUCAUUCAGGUCAUACAGAUCAACUAUAAGGUGGAUGGACUGGAGGAAUAUCUCAACGACCCUGUGAAGCAACACCAUCUUGUUAGAUCGCUGCCCGCCAGAAUGAGAAGACAGCUGCUUUAUAAACGGAAAUACCUGUUCUCAUUUCAUGAGAACCUGCAGAAGUUGGUCUACAUGGGUCUGCUGCAGUUUGGUCCUUUGGAGAAGUUUAAGGAGAAAGAUCAGGUGUUUGUGUACCUGAAACGUCACGCCACCAUCGUUGACACCACCAACGCUGAACCUCACUACUGGCUGGUCACAGAGUUAUCUGACAAACCGUUCGAGAGGCGCCAGUACACAUUCAACACUCAUGAGGAUGUUGAAAACUACUGGUUCGACCUGAUGUGUGUCUGCCUCAAUACACCACUGGGGGUAAUCCGUAGUAAGAGAAACGUGAUAGAUGACGACUCUGCUCCUUCUUUUGUGCAAGACCGCAACGUGUUUGUAGGAAUGGCAAACCUGCUAAAGGGCAGUCGUGAGGUGUGUGAUGACGGGUCGAUACCAGGAGACGGUAAAGGAGCAGGAGGUCUGGACUCUGAAUUUUUUGCUCAUCUUAAAAGGAACUGGUUGUGGACGAAUCACCUACUUUCUGUCAAACCGAGCUCAACCGGUUUGGAAGCGAAGGAAAACAAAAUCAGACUGAAGAGCUUGCUGAGUAAGAAUGCUCUCAGGAUUGCUCUUAAAGCUGGAGGAAUGACUACACCUCGAUAUGUGACCACCAAGCGACCACUGCUGUUAGAAAAUGUAGAGGUGGAUAUAGAGCCUGCUAGCAGAAACCAGAGGGUGGUCGGUGGAAAGAGACAGAAGAGGAAGAGAAGCAAGAAGGAGGUUGUCAAGGUCCCACGCAAGAAGAAGAAAGAGCCAAAGAAGCGCACCCCUGCCCACGACGAGGCGGACCACCGAGCUUUGAAAAUGAUGACCAGACAACGAGUCUACUGGUCUGUGCAGGAAGACUCACUGAUGAUGCUCUGCAGCGUGGCCUCACACCUGCUCAACAGCAAGUUGAAAAGGCCCUUCAUACCUCACUGUGGUGUGAGAGACCUGCUCCACGCAGAGUUUGAGAUGUCGAUGGAUAAAACAUCGGUUGCUGUCGGACGUCGCUCGCGAUACAUCCUCAAAAAUCCUCAGACGCUUCUGAACUACAGGAUCUGUCUGGCUGAGGUGUACCAGGACAAAUCUCUGAUGAAACUGUUGGAGGAGAAGAAACCUGGUGAUCCUGAUAAACCAGAGGAUUGCGCAGAAGCUUUCUCAGAGUACGCCAGGCUUCUCAGGCAGAAGUUCAGCACUGUCAUGAGCACUCGUGAUAUGACCAUGCCUGACACGAAACAGCAGCUCUUCUCGCGGUUUAAGGUUUCCACAAUAGACAAUGGAAAGUGGGUUUCAAGCAAAGAUGCUCUCAACAGCACAGACGACAUUCACGCCAUAGUGUUGCAUAACUUGAUCCAGAGCACUCUGGCCAUGACCAACUGUCAGAUGAAGUCGUCCAGAUCCUUUCAGACCUUCCACAUGUACAGUAGGUACAACCAGGAGCUGCUGUGCCAAGUCUUCAUACAAUGCAGGAAGAGAGGUCUGGUUAACCGCCGUCGUGUCAAUCAGCCAUUUGGGCCAAAGAAGAACCGAGCGCUUCCCAUCCUGCCCAUGUCCUACCAGCUGUCCCAGUCCUACUACAGAUGUUUUUCAUGGCGUUUUCCUCACUCGCUGUGCACCGAUUCCUUCCGCUUCUUGAGGAAUAUCAUUAACAACGGGACAAGAGACGACAGACCUCUUACUGUGUUUCACCAUGAAACUGAAAACAGGUCAGAGAACAGUAAUGGAGGGUUGGAGAGAAAAACAGGGUCUAAAAGAAAAGAAAAACAAAGCGGAGGAAAGGCUGAAGGCAGACCAGAGAGUCAACCUGAGGUACAACCAAAUACUGAGUCUACAAAGGAAGGAGAGAACGACCAAAGACAAGUGAAAGGAGACGAAAAGCUGAUGGAUGUAGACAUGAACAAUGAGGUGAUGAACAAAACAGAUGAACAGUUAAACGCAGGAGAUUGCCUCACAGCCUCCUCUGCUGAAGAUCCGUCCAGCAGGGAGCAGACAGACGAUCAUCUGCCCAAAGAAGAGCCAUCAGUAGAGGCUGCAGCUUCGAACACAGCACCCAAAGUCCCAGAGGAUCCUCCGGAUGUGUCUGACAUGCUGCAGUUCUCUCUGGACUCUUCAGGUGGCGCCUGUGUGAUCAGUCUCAGCCUGAUGUCUCUGGGGCUGCUGAGUGUGUACGUGUCCAUACCCAAACAGAUGGUGGUGGUGGACAGCAACCUGGUGGACAACGAUGUGGUCAAGAGUAUGGCAGCACUGGAGGAAGAGGAUGACGAUGAUUACGACGGUGAGGAGUGUGAGGGGAGAAAGAAGCUGGAGGUGAAGGCACAUCAGGCCUCACACACCAACUACCUGAUGAUGCGAGGAUACUGCUGCCCAGGCAUAGUCAAACUACGUAACCUCAACACCAAUGACAACAUUGUGGUGGAGUCGUGCAUUAUGAAGUUGCAGCUGCGCAGCACGCCUGCUCACAACAUGUUCACUAUGGAGAACUGUCCCCCACUGGACCUGACUAAAUGUGGUCCAUCCCUGCUGCCCCCCAUCCUCACCUACACCGUCUGCUCCCCCUCCUCCUCUUCUUCCCACAGUGUGGAGGAGUGUGACAGGCUCUUGAUUCAGCAAAGAGGAUACACUCCUCAGGAUAUAGAAGCGUGGGCUCAGCUGAGGAGGAGCUUAUAUGAAGCUGGUCAGAAUGGUUUGGACGUGCAUGAUCUCUACCAGGCUCACACACACCUGGAGGAGCCACGGUCCGGACGCACCAGGAGCCUGCAGCAGUACAUGAAGGAGUUACAAGAAGAAGGCCAGGUGGUGAAAGCUGGGGGUCUGGGUGUCCGCUGGGUGCUCACACAGCACGCUGAACCGUGGCUGCUGACUGUAAACACCAAGCAAUGGUCCCAGUCACGCUUCACAUCUGACAAACUCCCAUUUUUGGAGAAUGAGCACCACAUCCCCUUCAUGCGCAAGAGGUCCAGGCUAGAAGGCCAACACGCAGCAGAGGAACCACCAGCCAAAAAACCUGCUGUGGACAGACAAGAGAGCGAAGACAAAGAGGAGGUGGAGGGAGGGUCAAGCGAUUUAACAAGAGAGAAACUGAACGAGGAAGCACAGCUGGAAAAGCAGAAAGAGAGUGCAGAUGUGGGAAGUGGAGACAAACAGCUGGAUUCGAAAGAAGAGGAGGGAGGAAAACAGACGCACCAUGAAGUGGAAGCGAAGGAGGGUGCUGGACGAGAGAAGAUGGAAACUGAGGAGGGACAGGAAGAAGAGAGAGAGCAGAGAGUCAGAAAGGACCGUAUACAUGCUGAAAGAGAUGAAGACGCAUGCUCUCCCCUUAAUGUUGAUGAAAAUGUGAGUUUCAUCAGCCGGCCGUGGCGCAUGGUGGAUGGUACGCUGAACCGGCAGGUGUGUAAGGGCAUGCUGGAGGCCACUCUUUACCACAUCAUGUCCCGACCCGGACUCACACUGCAGACGCUGGUGGAACAUUACAAAGAUGUGCUGCAGCCAAUGGCGGUGCUGGACCUCAUGCAGGCACUUAUAGACAUGGGCUGCGUGACGAAGAAAACUCUGGUUAAAGGUCCUAAGCCCUCACUGUUCACUCGCUCCGUGCACCAGACAAGAAAGGAGACGGACGUGAAGAUUGAGGAGCCAGAUACAGUGUUUUAUGAGCCCACCAUCAGCUGCUGCCUGCGGCUCAGCCAGGUGUUACCCAACGAACGUCACUGGAACUACUGUAUACCGUGAAAGUCUUCAUCCACUUCACACGACCUGCGCGUGAUCUUACCUGGCUUGACCUGGCAUCAGGUUAGGUACACGAUAAGGCUGAUGAAGUUGAAGCUUCAAGAAGCUGAGUAAAAAGUUGUAUCAGGCCGUUGUGAAACCUAAAUAAUGUGAUUUUACAAAAAGUGUCAUGUCAUCAAUUCUGGUUUUACAGAACAGGGAUUUCUUUGUACUUUUUGUUGUUAUUUUUGUUCUAAAAUUAAAAAUAAUUUUUUUUUGUGGUCAGUUUUUUGUACUCUAAUUUAAAAUUAUAAAUAAAAAUGCAUCACAUUACAUUCUUGACUUUUGUGUUGCAGCAAAGUGGGGGUGUUUUGGUAGUGAAAUUUUUAAGGUAUUGUUCCACUCAGGAAGGGUGAUGUGAAUUUCCUCUUGGCAGGGUUACUUUGAAGCAACAUGCCUCAUGAUUUUAUUGGAAGAAUACAACUGUUGAUCUGGUUAAUCUGCCAAAUAUGAUCUCAGUGGGUGUUGGACUUGAUGCAGGUUGUGCCAUGACACUUGAUUCCCAUCCUGUUUUCAUGGAUAACAUCCCUUAGUUUGCUGAUGCUCUCCUUUUUUGCCAAUAAUGUAUUUGUGUUGGAUUUAUCAGACUGUUUUUUUUCCAGCCAGCCUAGUGUAGACGGAGUAGAGCGGAGUAGCAUGAAUUUAGCAGCGGGAAUCUGUAUUUUGUUACCUGUGUGAGGUGCGCAGGCAUUCAUGCAGCUGCACAAGAUAAAAACAAAACAGGGGGCCGACUCAUCAAAACAUUGCUCCAUAGUGCUCAUACUUGUGCAGUGCACUAGUAUCAGGGGAGUGUCAUAUGUACUAACCUCCAGCUAAUGAGCUUUGACCACUGACCAACUCAAUGAGAUAGCUGAGGUCAUUUAACCACUCAGUCAAACCAUUCCCUCAUGCCCUGUACCGAAGCAUCUGUGUUUGUCAUGAUUCUUUAUUCAUUCAUUCAGGUUUUCCUUUUAUUAUGUCACCUGUCUGUAUGUGGACUCAAGGUGAGGAGACCUCUGAAGGACCUGCUGAAGAAAACGCAUCCACUGUAAGUUCAACCUGAUUUUUCAUUUAAAAGGAUCAGAAUGCACAAGUAGGUGAUGUAUUCUGCACCUUCACAAACCUUCUUUAGCUCAAACGUCAAAAGUAUUACAAAUACAUUUAAAGAAAUAUUCAAAUAACUAAAAGGAGAAGCAGCAGAUCCUCACAUUUGAGACGGUGGAACCAUGAAAUGUUUGGAAAGUUUUCUUAAAUCAGCUAAUUGUUUCAGCUAUACUUGUAUAUAUUGUUGGGUAGUUUAUUUUAUUAAAAAGGAUGAUAUUUUAUAACCUCGUCCUGUUUUAUAUGCAAAAAUCUUAAUUGGUGAAGUAACUAAAAAGUACAUUAUUUCCCUCUGAAAGUUAAGUACAAAUACCUCAAAUUUGUACUUGGCUACUGAGGAGGUUUGGCUGCUGGUGUCUGCACAGCUUGUUCUUGUAAUCAGUGACAUACUGCAACCUACAAUUCCCUUAACGCUUCUGAAGUUAGUAAACAUGACACCACCCUCUGAAGCUGUUCUUUUCCAGUGCACUCACACUGGUCUCAGAAAACCUCCAAUAUUUCUGCUCCUAUAUGGAGUCCUGUCUUCUUGUGUGUGAACUUGAGAGGGUGAAGCAACAUAAGAAUAUGUUAAAAACGGAGACUUUAAGAAUAAUGCAGUGGGUAGUGUAUAAGGACUGUUGAGGAGUAAAUGAGAGUGGAGUGGUGAGCAUGACUUUGUCCAGUAAUCACAGUAAUGGGUGUCAGGAAACGACUUAUAUCCGCAGGAAGUUGAGGAAUGUUCUUAUCUUUCUCCAGUUGAUCUGGGGUCAGCUUCCUCUGCUCUGUAUCCUUGAAGUACCAAACUUUCAGUUUUUACCACAUGAGACUGUUGUCUCUGGGCGUGCGUCUAUGGACUUCCUUAAAUAGAUACCACUGGCAUCUUCCCAAAUACAGACACAUUACCUAGAUAUUAACACACAGCUUCAAUUUAAUGCAAGCAAAAAGAUCUCUGCUGUAACCCCAAUAGGCUACGAUGGAGGUGAAUAGUGUUUUGUUUGUGGUACUUGAAACAUUCAAAAUUGAUAUGAAUUAUACUGGAUAAUCCAGAGAUUUCAUGGGAGAUAUUUUCUAUCAGAGUCUUACUAAUUGAGCUGCAGAGAUUAUUAAUCAUUAAUUAUUAAUUUUGAGUGUCGAAUUCUUGUGAACGCAAUAUCUCAUUAACAUCUUUAGGGAAUUUCUUCAAAUUUGCCAAAAAUGUCCAUUUGGACUCAAACAUGAACUGAUCAAAGUGGUGAUCAAAGUUCAUGGUCACUGUGACAUCACAGAAUCCAUUUUUGGCCUUAUUUUACAAAAACAUACACUAAUUAUGACACAAUUUAACUCAAACGUCUCUGAGGAUAAGAUGAAGUGACGACAGCUUUCAUCCAAAUGGUCCAAUGACAACUCCACUGUGUUUCCUGCGGGUCCCCAGCAAAAAGGGGAAUCUUUUUUUCUCAUUGUGAUUCCAUCUAUUAGUAAAACAAAGACAGAGUGUAUGACUGUUUGGAUCAUGGGUUUCAAACACUUUCUGUAAUAAAACAUCUAAAAGCAAAAAUCUAAUCAGAGGUGGGUCUGUGGGUCUAAUUCGUGUCAGUUCAGGGAUCCUGGAUGAGAAAAGGUUUGAGAACCAUUGUUGUGAAGUACCUUUUAAUAUGCAUUGGGAGCGGUUUAGGGAGGGUCUAUAAACACGUCUAGCCUGGUUCUCAAAUGGAGGUCGUGAUCUUAAACUGAAUAAUGUCACUUUCACUUUCACAGGUUUCCAACUUUGAGGACAUAACUGAAAAAGAGAGGACGUGUGUAGUAAAAACAGGCUGCGGUGCCAACAUUGUUCUACUACAAUAGACCAUUAAAUCGAGGGACUGAAUUUAUAUAGUGCAUUCACUCUGACCGUCUUCAGGGUUCAUGUUUGGUGAUUUUCAUUUUCUAUCUUAUGAGAAUGGAAAGAAAGUUUUUGGUUCUUUCGGUGGUUUUUCUGAUGAGUUCUCUGCGUGACUUCCAUGUCUCCAGUUGUGAUCCAAGCUGUGCAGAGAAACCUGAGUUCACUCCUUCCAGACUGGUGGUGAAGUAUGGUGAUGCAACCUCUGCCAGAUGCUCCGUGUGCGAGCCCUGCUCAAAAAACAUUUAUAAUUUGGAAAGAGCUCUGGGAAGCCAUACAAUUAAUGGAACCACAAUUGUAUGGAAGGUUGAAAAGAUGACUGAAUGGGACACAAAUACAAUGUGCUAUUUUACUAAUGAUACUACUAAUCACCAGUGUUGCACCACCCUGCCUAUAACUGUGUACAAGCCUCCAGACCGUGUCUCCAUCAGCUUUCUUAAUCACACUGGGCCGAUGUUCAUGGGCCAUGACUACGCUCUGCAGUGUGAAGUACAGAACGUUGCUCCUGUUGAAAAGCUCAGUGUGACGUUCUACAGAGGACAAACAGCACUGACUCAACUACAGUCCAACAACACACACAAGAAACCAGUGACUGAGAUCUUCUCUCUGAGCAUCACCCCCAGAAAAGAAGAUAAUGGACUCCAGUACUGGUGUGAGGCCAAGCUGGAACUGGGACCUGAAGGACCAGAGCUCCCUCCACUGGUGACAUCACAAAGAGCCACUGCCACUGUUUACUACGAGCCUCAGCUAGAGAGUUCAUCACAUCCAGAUCCGAUCACCGUCACAGUAGGAAACCCUCUACAGCUGAACUGCUCGGCUGCGGCGAACCCCGGCCCCUCAUACUCCUGGAUGCACUCAUCACAUCGCCUUUCCACCUCUCUGCACAGCCUUCUCUAUAUCAAAUCUGUAACUUCCGAGAAUGAAGGGCAGUACAUCUGUAUGGUCAGCAACAAUGUAGGGUAUAUCAAUGUCACGUUUAACGUGGUUGUCAAAAGUUUGCCACCAACAGCCAAACCCACAACCUCCGUACUGCCCAACAGCACCGACAGCAGACCAAGUCACAGGUUCAUUAUGUGUUUUAUGCUUUUAUUACAUGUAAUCAAAUGCCUCUAAAGCUAUGAAGGUAUAGUUGAGUACAGAAGUUUAUAUACACUUUGGUUAAAGUCAUUAUUACAAUUUCUUUAGCCUCUCCACAGAUUUCAAAUGGGUUUUCAAAAUGGACAAUGAUCCCAAACAUAGCGUAAUAAUUUAAGGACAACAAAGUCAAGGUGUCUGAGUGACCAAUGCUACCAAAUACUAUCAAAGUGUAUGUAAACGUCUGACUCACGGGGAAUGCGAUAAAAGAAAAAUAAAAGCUGAAACAAAUCUUUCUCUCUGCUAUUAUUCUGACAUUUUACAUUCUUAAACUGAAGUCGUGAUCCUAACUGACAUAAGAGAGGUAAUGUUUAUUAGGAUUAAAUGUCAUGAAUUGUGCAAAACUCAGUUUAAAUGUAUUUGUCUAAGGCAGUGCAAACUUCUGACUUCAGCUGUAUAUACUGUAGCUCACAUCUGGGGCUGGUUGCACAAACACUUUGACUAUGUGUAUUGUCACUAUAGAAAAUAACAAAUAGUCAGACUUCAGAUAGACGUCUGAAUUCAUCCGCUGCACAAAGCAGUUUGGUUUUUGACUAACCUAAGCCAGUCUGCGGCACAAUGAAUUCUGGGUAAAUUACUGUUUAAAAUAAAUAGAUGAAUAAAUCAAAAUGGCCGACAGAGGAAUCGCACUUACCGCAGAGGAAAAUGUAGUUACAAGGACGUUUUACUUCUGCGGAGAGUGUAACAAUAAAAAAAAAUCUGAUUUGGUAAAAAAUGGCCGCGGUCUCUAAAAACUCUUUCCCUUUGCUUUGCUCUCUCCAUAACUAUGUUAGAAAACCACAAAUUAUGAACUAUGUUUUCCUGUUUGUUGUUGUUGUUGUUGUUGUUGUUGUUGUUGGUUGGUACUGCUCAGUGCAAGUGUCAUUGACCGUUACCAUGGUAACAUCGUUAGCCUGGAGGUAAGGUGUCUAAUUUUUUUUUUUUUUUGGCUUAAAAUUAGUCGGUCAUUAUUUUUGUGAAACGGUCUGGCUUCUUUUAAUCUAUGAUAUAAUCUAUAAUCUAUAAUCUAUAAUCUAUGACUGGUCUACAGACCAGUCUAAAAUAUCUUUGUGAAACCGGCGCCUGAUGUCAAAAGUUCUCCACAUAUACUUGGAUGCUAGCUUGCUGUAAGGAUGCUUUUUACUAUGUAAUACUGAUAUAUAAGCAGUAGGAUCAAUGGUUGUACAAAAUCUUGUGCCAAUAUUAGUACAUAUUGAUAUAUUUCACGAAAGAAUCGGGGGAAAUACAGGAAGAGAGGAUCACCAAUGUUAUUAGGAUUUAUCCUCUCGCUAUCACGAAUGUCUGUGCAAAAACAUAAUGGAAAAAUCUAUCCAAUAGUUGUUGAGAUGUUUUAAUCUGGACCAAAAAUACUGGUUGAAAGGUUCAAUAAAUGUUAUGUUGUUGCCAUAA